GGCAGAGGAGCGCCGCGGCCUGACUUCCAUGUUUUAAGGGGCAGGGGCAGCAGUGGGGAGGGCGGUCAGGAGGCUGGGACCUGAUCCGGGUGAGAGAUGAGGGCGUGUCAGGGGCAGGGCGAUAGACAGCGAGGGAGAAGGUGGAGUGCUUGGAUCCUGCUGGUUUUUAGCGGGCGAACAGUGGGAUCUGCUGAAAAAGAAGGGUCAAGGAUCACUCAGCUGUUCUGGGCCUGAGCGCCAGAGGGUGUAUGUGAGGACAGAGCGGGGAGCAGGGCAGGUGGAAUUCAGCUCUGGCCGUGCUGAUGAGGGUGCCCGCUGGGUAUCUGCGUGGAGGGGCUGGGUGGGCAGUUAACUCUGCAAGGGUGGCGUUCUAGGGAGGCUGGGGGGUUGGAGCCAUAGCCACAGACCUGCGGGGGAGGGAGGUGAGAACGUGCGCCUCCCAUCACUUUCCAUAGUUUGCUGUUCAUUCCCCCCACCCAUGUCACUGGUCGACGAUGGGCGUGGUUGGUGGUGACGGGUAGGAGGGGUGGGUUACCCAGCCCAGUGGGAUCAGAGCUGGACCAGAGGGAGCUUCCAGUCUGAACAAACGCCCCAGGUGAUGCUCGAGCAGGUGCCCCAGGGAGCCUUCUCUGAGAAGCGCCGCCUAAGGCACCGCAUCCUCUUCUCUCAUUGACGAGCCGCACACACCUACCUCUCCGAGUUCUUGAUUCUCUCGUGUUUCUCAACAAACCCUAGAUGAGAUGAACGGGUCCUCUCAUCACUCCCUCAGACACUUCUCAGGUCUACCUGUCAUGUGGAUGGUAGGAGGGACACAUUAUGGCGGACAAGCAACUAAAAAAUCAAAGCGCCCCUUCUAAGUGCAGCGUUCAUAGCCGUGAAGUCAGACCACACGCGCCUGACGCUUCAGCUCACCUUCGUCUGCAGUGCAGCACCUGCCUUGUGAGCGAUGGACGUAGUUUAUGAGGCCACUCUAAUGUCAGGGCAUUUCCUUUCUGAGAGUCCCAGUUCAUUCUUCCAGGGGUCAGCUGUCUUCCUGGAGGGUCCCCUUGCCCAUAACAGUGUUCUUACCUUUUGUAGCCCGUCAGAUGUACUGAUGAGUUAGUUGUUCACUACGUUCAUGAAGAGGUGUUUGUGAGUCACCAGGGAUUCAAUGUUCUGCAUCGUCCUAAAUAAAGCCUUAGGGUGUAUCUGCUUUUGGAGCUAGCACUGUGAGAUCCAUGGGGAACGGAGUCAACUAAGAUAACUUUUAAGUUUCCUGUGCAUGGACCUGCAGUGUUCACAGGAUGGCUGCUCUUUUGCUAAAGAGGUUAACAUUACAAACUAUAAAAACGGAAAAUACUUGCAUUAGAAGACGUUUGGGUAAAUACGUCGUACAGAAGACGGCGCUGGCGGAACCAUCCCACAUUGCCUCUGCCCCAAGACCGUCCUGCCUCAUUCACGCAGAAGCUUUUAGUACUGAAGACACCCAGGACAAGAGAGAAAAGAAAAAAAAGAAUGAAACAGCUUUUCGUAACGUUGGAAGAAAAAUUAACGAGCGCAUCAUUCAGGUGCUGGACGAGAAGGGCAACGACCUGGGCCCCAUGCACCGAGCGAACGUGAUCAGGCUCAUGGCCGAGCAGGACCUGCGGCUGGUGCCGAGGGACCCCGGCGCCCAGCCCCCGCAGUACCAGCUCAUGACGGGCACGCAGAUCUACCAGGAGCGGCUCCGGCUCAGAGGGAUGGAGAGGGCUGAGCCCAAGCCUGGACCCACCCUGACAAAGGAACUGACUUUUUCUUCAAAUAUUGGACAACAUGAUUUGGACACAAAGAGCAAACAGAUUCAGCAGUGGAUCGAGAAAAAGUACAAAGUUCAAAUUACAAUAAAGAAAGGGAAGACUACAGAAGAGCCAGAAAACAAAAUGGAGGAGAUAUGUAAUCAAAUACUGCAGACUAUGCCUGGAAUAGCUACCUUCUCAUCCAGGCCACAGCCCGUCAGACGGGGCAAGGCUGUGAUGUGUGUGCUUCGUCCCUUGAGCCAAAAGGAAGACAGUGCGUGCAGAUCAGCUCUGGGGACCCAGAGGGGAGACGCUCUGAACAGAGGAAAUGGAAACGACGGAGCAUCCGAUGCUCUGCACCAGUGAUUUUAAUAAAAACGUGCUUCUGAGAGAAAAUAA